CGAAGGAAAAAAGUGGUGUGAGUUACUGUCCACCAACAAGUUUAACGACCCCGAAAAACUCAAAGAAAGCAAGAGUUGGCAUCACUAUUCGUCUUUUAAGGUAAGGAUCUUUCGCUAUCAUUAAACAGCAUUUCAACAUUAAACGACUUAAAAAUAACUGCUGUAAGUGAUGUUUCUUUUUCCUUUUUCCUUUAAAGUUUCCUUGUUCUUCCAAUCCAUGCCAAAACGGAGGAGCUUGCGUUGUCGCCAAACACAAACUGGAGAUGUUCGAGUGCAUCUGUAAGAGCGGUUACUCUGGAGAAUUUUGUGAAAAAAUAUUUCCAGCCGUUCAGCUUCAGAACUGCUCUCAAGCUCCCAAGAAAACUGGGAUUUACAACAUUUUGAACCACGGAUCAGGGCCUUUCCCUGUCUACUGCGACCAGACAACGGACGGUGGAGGUUGGAUGAUGAUAUUCAAAGUUAUUGGUGGAAUAAAUUCUUCAUUUUCUGCUGGGGAGUUCUGGAAUUCAUCCGACACAUUUUCAGAAAAUGUUACCGCUGUCCUAGAUACCACUUCAACCUACCGAGGAAACUACAAAAACCGUAUUGUUCAAAGUUGGCAAAUGUUCAGUCCUAAAGAGGUAAAUACUGCUUGACACGCUUUGCUGACCUAACGGGUUACAUCUUCCAAGAUAGGGUGUGAGAUAAUUAUAGAAAACUCAACACAGCGGUUGGCCAAGUGUGAGGCAUGCGUAGAUAGAUGAUGUAUGACCGGCCGCGCGCCAAUUUCCCGCUCAACAGCAAUCUGCAAAAGGAAGUAAAGUAAAGAAAAGGAAACUUUAAGA